AUGCGUUCAACACCAUUAUUAGUGCUGUUCGCCCUUUGCAACGUGGAUUUAUCCACGUCGGCGGAGACUUUCGACCUUUCUAAACAGAGCGUCAGCGACUUCCCGGAUCGCUUGCGACUACAAGCCUGCGACGACGACUUCAAACAAAUGGCGAACCUGUUUUGUGCAGCGCCUGGAAAGAAGACGCCCUGCUACAAAUUCUACUUCGAUCAGCCGGAAUGGAAAGGUAAGAACAGCUGGGAUUUGUUAAUUAUGGGGCUAGUAGAAGGCCAAAAAAGAGAAUUUUAUCCAUCAUGAAUCAAUAGAAAUCCUAGAAUCAGUCUGUCGGGAAAAUAAUGAGCACUCUGUCGCAACGGAAAUCGCGUCGCCGCCGAGAAAAUAAAUUGUGUCGCGGCAAAAUCAAAUCGCUUUUCACUUCAGAUUGGCGACAUGAUCGCCGCACGUCAAUCCAAAAUAGAAGAAAAAAUUUCCCGCCCCUUUUUGGUGAUUCGUCAAAACGAAAUGUCACUAUCCGAUAAAACGCAUUUUCUUAUCUUUCUUCUUCCUUUUCGAGAAAAAGCAAUUAUUUCGGACGAGAAAAAGUGCCGAUAAUUUCGCGACAUUUCGUCCCUCUUUUAAAACCAAUGAAAACGAUACGAAGUUUCGAAACGGUUCAGGAAAUGCGCUGGAUUGACGUGCGCCGCGACUAAAUUGUGCUCAUUAUUUUCCCGACAGACCAAUCCAUCUUACCGCACAGUGCAUCCAAACAUCAUAAGGCAAAAUGCACCGUGCAAGCUCCAAUUUGCACCGUGCACUUUUUGUUUUUGCACGGUGCAUCCAAAAUAUCGCCGCGACGUAAGCGUUUUUCUGACUGCGUCGCUGCGAUUUUUAUCGAAUCAUUCGCACAGCGCGAACCAGUUUUUCAAGUUUGCACCGUGCGAAAAGAGGAAAAUGCACUGUGCGAACGCACUUUCAGGCCGGAUGCACGGUGCGCAAAGGCGAAAAUUCACAGCGACAAAAAUUCGAGAUGCACUGUGCGAAAGCGAAAAAAUGUCCAGGCACUUUGUGAAAAUGCUAAAAUUUUAAUUUUUGCAUCGCGCAUUUAAAAAUUCCGCGUAUUUUUUUUUAUAUUUUUAACCUUUCAUACUACACAAGUCGUCGUGUAGUAGGGAUGUCGAAUUGGGUUGCAAUUUGGGAUUUCGGGAAUCCGGCGAUAUCGGAUCUUGCGAGAAAACAAAAUGCGAGAUCGUUUUAGGAUUACAGGUCUUGGCGCGUGUUGAAAUUUAAGCCUACCUAACAAGAUGUUAUCGCCUUUUUUAAACAAGGCUUUGGGGGUAUUUCUUCUUUUUCUAAAUUAUUUUUUAAAUAUAUAUUAUGACAUGUAAAACAUGGAAGUGUUCAAAGUGCGACGCUCAAAUUGUUUUUUGUUUUGCGCACACAUAGUCCACAUAUCAUCUCCUGAAAAUGUUAGCACGCGCUUUGUAGUGGCAGCUGAGAUAUCCAACGAUCUUUGCGGCCGAGAGAGGACGCAAUAAAGGUUCAUUUUGCACUGUGCAAUUUCCUGCUUUUUGCACCGUGCAGUCGACCUUUUUUGGGUUGUCGCUCGCACCUGGACCUUUUUUCGCACAGUGCAAAGGCCAAAAAUCAUUUUGGCGACGUGCACCGUGCGAAAACAAAAGUUCACUUUGCACCGUGCAAUUUCUUUGUUUUGCACCGUGCAAUUUUUUGAGAUGUCGCUCGCACCCUAAUUUUUCAGUGCAAACGCCGAAAACCAAUCCAGCGACAUGCACUGUGCGAAAACAAAAGUUCAUUUUGCACUGUGCAAGGUUGCUUUUUGCACCGUGCAAUCGAAUUUUUUGGGCCUGACGUUUGUUUUUGCGGAACGGCCAAAAUUGGCUUCGGCGACAUGCACUGUGCGAAAACGAAAGUUCACUUUGCACUGUGCAAUCGACUUUUUUGGGCUGUCGCUCGCACCCUGACGUUUGUUUUUGUGGAAAGACCAAAAAUCAUUUCGGCGACAUGCACUGUGCGAAAACAAAAGUUCACUUUGCACUGUGCAAUUUCCUUGUUUUGCACUGUGCAAGCUUCAAAAAUCACUCCGGCGACCUUCCGGGCGGACAAGCGUCAUCCCGAAAAUAUAAUAGAAUUGAUCUCAGCCGGGAUUUUCGAAAAAAUUCGCGGAAAAAAUUCAAAAAAAAAAUCUUUUGCUUCCUUCAAAAUCCUAAAGCUUCCUUUUUCCAGACAAAUACACAAAGCAGACCUUCCACAAGCUGUCGGAGAAGUGCUGCGAGAAGGAGGGUUGCAAAAUCUCGGAACUGAAAGAACAUUGCUGCAUGCUGGAUCAAUGCCUACAAUUCUGCUAUCGAAAUUGA